GCCAUUAUCUAAACAUCCCAGACAUGCAAUUCAAAAUCAAUCAGGAUUUCGCUAAAAAUUAUAACCGAUAUCGUCAAAAGGAGGAAUACGAGAAACUAAAGGCUAAACACGGUGAUGCUAAACUGAAGGAUAUUAAACUAUCCAAGUUAUCUGAUACUAAUUUCAAAGUGGACGAAAAUGUAACCGUUGCUUCAAUUUCAGAUAAUGAUGAUGAAUCUACUUCAAGUUCCUCAGACACUGAUGAUAGUUGGGAAGAAAAACAACAAGAUGAUUUCUUGACUCUAUAUCAAGCAUUGUGUACAAAUGAUCCAUCUCUUAAUGAUCCUAAUAAACAAUGGUUUCGUGAACCUAGUGAAUCGGAUGAUGAAAGUUCAAAGUCCUCAGAUGAAAUUUCCGAGUCAGAAAUUAAUAAAAAUAACAAUAAACAAAUGCAAAUAGAUGCCAAGACAGAAAAGAAACGUGUUUUGAAACUUCGGGAUUAUGAACGCGAAUUUCUUUUGGCUCAAGAUGGAUUAGAGGAUGAAAGUGUUUCAAAGGAGGCGCGGAAGAUUGCUCAGAUGGAAAGUGAUGAUGUUUUGAGAAAAAUGAAAACACAGUCGAUAGAUUUGUCAAAGGAACAAUUUAUACAAGAGGCCAAUGAAGCGCUUAAUCAGGCGGCUGUAAUUUCAGGUGAAAUGAAGGACAAUAGGACCAGUGAGAGUAAUAAUGAUGACUUAAAUUUUUUACGGAAGCGCAAAAGUGAAAUAGAACCACCUACUCCAAACAGAAAAAAGCGUAAAUCCCAUUAUGAUUUAGAUAAAAUAGUUUUUACUGAUUCAACUAACAAAGAAGCUGAAGAGUUUUUACGUGAUUACAUUAUAAAUAAACGUUGGAUUGAACCUAAUUCACAACGAAGUAAUAAAAUUCCAACUUAUUCUGAUGUUCUACACGAAUCCGGCUUAGAUAUAAAUGGGGAUAAACGGAAAAAUCUUUUAAAUGAUGAUGAUAUUCUUGAUGAAGACGAUGAAUUCCUUGUUAAAUUAAAUAACUUAGAACAGGGACGUUUACACUCUUUAGGUGUUAAUACGGGUGUUACAAAACUACAUAAAACUGAGCAUCGUUUUGAAGAAGAAGAUAAAGAAUUUAUAAAAUCCUACCCUCGAAUUAUAGAAAAUAGUAUUGGUCAAACACUCUGUGUUAAAUCGAAACGAGCUGAACGAAGACAAGCUAAGAUUGAACGUAAGAGAAAAGAAAAACAAGCUAAACUUCAAGAAUUAACUCGCCUACGGAAUCUAAAAUUAAGUAUGCUAGCUGGAAAAAUUGAAAGAAUUAAACGUACUUGUGGUCCAGGAUCAUUAUUACUUGAUGCUAAUGAACUGAUUGAAUCACAGACUAAAGAAUAUGAUAGUAAUGAUAAUAAUAAAUUAAAAAAUUCGACCAAGGUAGAUGUCCUAGAUGUUGCUGAAUAUUUAGAUGAAGAUUGGGAUCCUGAAAAGCAUGAAAAGUUGUUGGACUCAAUGUUUGGAAAACAUUAUGAAGAAAUAGAUGAAGAGAUAAAAAAGCCAGAGUUUUCGGAUGAUAGUGAUCUAGAAGUGGAGCCUUCCAUAGAUGAUGGGCACGAUUCACACAUGAAACAACAUGAACCAGAAACAUCUAUUAAUAAUGAUUCUGGAGACAAUGUACCACUAAAACACUCGAGCAAUUUGAAUUCUAACUACAAACUAUCUACUGCAAAUAAUAAUAAGUCAAUGCGUGGAAAACGGAGACUUUAUGAAGCAUUAGAGAGAAGUAAACCAAUUUUCAAUCCUGAUGAUUAUCCAGACUAUGAGAAAUAUUUUGAAGAAUUUUAUCAGUUACAUUGUGAAGAUAUUAUACCCGGUCCUACUUCCAAUGAAGACGUUUACUGUCGUUUCAAAUAUCGUAAUGUUAUGCCAAAUGAUUUUGGCUUAAGUACAGAAGAAAUACUAAAAGCUGAUCCUAAAGAAUUGAAUGCAUGGGUAUCAUUAAAACGUAUCACAGCUUAUUUGUCACAUGAAGAAGAAAUGAGAGACCAAGAACUAUAUAGUUCUAAUUAUCAAAUGAAACGUAAAAUGAGUGUUUUAGGUUCAUUAAAUAAUCCAAACGCUACUUGGUAUCCUAAUGAAAAUCAAGAUAUUGAAAGUAGUAGUGGGUCAUCGAAAAAAAAGCGCAGACGUCAUAAAAAGAAAAAACGAUUCUGUUCAGAGGCUCAAGCAGUCAAACUCAGUGAUAAUGCCAACAAUAAUAGCAACAAUGUUAAUCCGAUAGAACAAAAUGAAAAGGAUACCGAAAAUUCAGAAAAACGGGUGAAAUUAGGAAAAACGAAAAAGAAGUAUGUUAAAGACGCAAACAAAUUAGACACAAAGAAUAUUUUUAAGUCCCGUCUUCAAGCAGCUGGUAUAACCUUGAAAGAAUAUCAUCGUACAAUGCAGCGAGAAAACAAUUGUAAAUCUGAAUGCGUCAAUAAAUAGAAUAUCUCUUGAUUUGAAAAUGGUUAUCUUCAACUUAACCAAUUUUGUAUUCCAUGGCCUUAAAUGGGAAUCUAUGUAUGCGUCGUACUUCGUUGUUGCGAAGUUGAAACAUUCUAUAACUGAUAUACUUCGCAAUAAUACAGUCAAAAAAGUAG